GACUUGUGUCAUUGCGCUAUUUAAAUGCCAUCGCCGGGGUUCCUCUGCUGGUUUGGAUCACUCAUGUCAAACACAUACCUAGUACAGGCCGCAAGAGCACCAUGAUGGAUCUUUUUGAGACCAACGCUUAUUUUUUCAAUGACCUUCGCUAUCUGGAUGGGGAUACUGGACCCUUGCAGCACUUGGAAAUGGCAGAGGUGUCUCCCUUGUACCAAGGGAGUGAUGGCACCUUGUCACCAGGGCAGGAGCAGGUACCAUCCGAGACUGGGGACAGCAGCGGGGAAGAGCACGUCUUAGCACCCCCGGGUCUCCAACCUCACUGUGCAGGGCAAUGUCUGAUUUGGGCUUGCAAGACCUGUAAACGAAAAUCAGCCCCAACUGACAGGAGAAAAGCAGCAACUCUUCGAGAAAGAAGGAGGCUUAAAAAGAUUAAUGAAGCUUUUGAGGCUUUAAAGAGAAAAACGGUGCCAAAUCCAAGCCAGAGGUUGCCAAAAGUGGAGAUUCUACGAAGCGCUAUAAAUUACAUUGAGAAACUUCAGGACCUUUUACGUACACUGGAUCAACAAGAAAAGUUGCAGGGAAAUGUGGACCCAUUUAACUUCAAUCUGAAAGAUCAGCACGUACCCAGUGCAGAGUUCUGUGGAAGAAGCACCUGUCAUUCUAACUGGCAGAAUCUCUCCGAUCAUUCCAAUUUAGCCGGUAGUAACCAAAGAGAAGGAUCUGGUGUUGAGCCUUCAGCUUCCAGCAGUCUGCGUUGUCUUUCUUCCAUAGUGGACAGUAUUUCAAGUGAAGAGCCAAAAAUGAACUACAGUGAAGAAGCCGCUGAGAAAUGAACUCUUAUGGGAUCAACUUUUGAUCGGGGACAUAAAACGCCUUUUUACAUUUCCAGGGCCCAUUUGAAUUGAUUCCCUCUUGCAUUGUCGUUAGUGGCAAGCGUUGCUUCCACUUUGAUUACCAGCCCUCUGUAAUACUGCUCGCUUACUCGUGUGUUGAAGUUAACCGUUCAUUCCUUGAAUGAUUCAGAAGCAAAAACCCAAGUGGCCUUUUUUAACAAGUCAUGCAAGAAUUCGGUAUGUCUAUCUUGUAAAUAUCAAUCAUUUCUUAACAUUUUGUAAGAACCAAAAAUACGCUUUAAAUAUUUUGUAUUUAAGUUAUGUAAGUAAAUAAAACAUAUUUAUACUAUAGUGUGUACAUAUUGAAAAAAUAAAAAUAUGUAACAGGCCAUUCAUUUAUUAUAUGUUGUAUUUAACAAAACAAUCAAUACCCCUUAUGCAAAAGUAUCCUAUAUCUAUCUAUCUAUCUAUCUAUCUAUCUAUCUCUCUCUCUCUCUCUCUCUCUCUCUCUCUCUCUCUCUCU